AUGAACAUAUCUCCAGGAAUGGCACCAUCGUCUCCUGUCUUGCUUUCACCUUCUCUUACCCGGAGACCCCCCAGUCCAGGGAGGAGGUCACCCCCACCCUUCAGAUCACCUCCUAGUUGUAUCAUGACCUCACCUAAAUUAUGGCAGAAAGCUGCGAUAUCACGGCUGGCUGAGGAGUUCUUUUGGAUCGGUGGAAGUAUUGUCGCAACACCGAAACUGAGAAUGGGUCAAAUAGUGGAGAGAUGCAUGUGUAACAUGCAGGCCGGCACUCAGAUGAUUAAACUAAGAGGAAAAUCCAAGGCUCUGGUUCGCCUUUUCUACCUAGAUGAGCAUAAGUCCUGUAUCCGCUGGAGACCCUCCAGGAAACAUGAGAAAGCUAAAAUCACUAUAGACUCUAUCCAUGAGGUCUGUGAAGGGAUAAAAACAGAAGUCUUCAGGCGUUUUGCCAACAAUAAAUUUGAUCCAAACUGCUGCUUCAGUAUUUACCACGGAGACCACGUGGAAUCUCUUGACUUGGUUUCCACGAAUGGAGAAGAGGCACGAACCUGGAUCACUGGGCUGAAGUACCUCAUGGCAGGCAUCAGCGAUGAGGACAGUCUGGCAAAAAGACAACGAACACGCGAUCAAUGGUUGAGGCAGACCUUUUCAGAAGCUGACAAGAAUGGUGAUGGGAAUCUGAGCAUUGGCGAAGUUCUACAGUUGCUCCACAAACUCAAUGUGAACCUCCCAAAGCAGAAAGUCAAAGAAAUGUUUGAGGAGGCUGACAGGGAUGAUAAACAUGGCUCUUUGACAUUCGAGGAAUUCUGUACCUUUUACAAGAUGAUUUCGACACGCCGAGAGCUUUACUUGCUUAUGAUCACCUACAGCAACCACAAAGAGCACAUGGACUUUAAUGACCUCAUCCGCUUCUUAGAGAACGAGCAAAAGAUGGCAAAUGUGUCCAGAGAGUAUUGCAAGAUGAUCAUUAAUCAGUUUGAGCCAUGCCCUGAAAACCAAGCAAAUAUGGUGAUGGGUAUUGAUGGUUUCACCAACUACUUGCGGAGUCCUGCAGGCGACAUCUUCAACCCUGAACACUAUAAAGUGAAUCAGGACAUGACGCACCCCCUGACACACUACUACAUUGCGUCUUCUCACAACACCUACCUGACGGGGGAUCAGCUGCUGUCUCAGUCUCGGGUUGAUAUGUAUGCUUACGUGCUUCAGGCGGGCUGUCGAUGUAUAGAAGUUGACUGUUGGGAUGGUCCUGAUGGAGAACCUAUUGUGCAUCACGGUUACACACUUACCUCAAAAAUCCUCUUUAAAGAAGUCAUUGAGACCAUCAACAAAUACGCAUUUGCCAAAUCCCAAUACCCAGUGAUUCUUUCAAUAGAGAACCACUGCACUGUGCCACAGCAGAAAAAAAUGGCUCAAUAUCUCACAGAGGUACUACAGGAUAAACUGGACCUGUCUAAUAUAAAUGUAAAUGAGUCCAGACGUAUGCCAUCUCCAGAGGUUUUGAAAGGAAAAGUGCUUGUCAAGGGUAAGAAGCUGGCAGCAAACAUUGAUGCUGAUGCAGAAGAGGGAGAUGUAUCUGAUGAUGAUGACAGCGCUGAAGAGGAAGAGGAGGAAGAGGAGCAGAUUAAUGGACAUAGAGGAGCUGGAGCACCAAAAACUUGUGAUGAAUCAAAUAAAUCCUCAAGAAGGUUGUUGGGCAGCUUCAGGCGCAAGAAGAAAAAACGUGUCAAAAUAAGAAAGAACCCUAUCAUGAAUGACUCUGAUAUUGACCAGGAAAUUUCAAGCAGUAAUGAUAAACAGGUCAUAAACUAUGGCAAGAGGAGAAAAACCAUGAGACUCUCUCGUGCUCUGUCUGAUUUGGUCAAGUACACAAAGUCAGUGCACGUCCAUGACAUUGAAACUCAAGCCUACAUGUGCAGCUGGCAAGUGUCCUCUUUAAACGAAAGCAUAACUAAUCAGAUUCUACACCUGAAACCAACGCAGUUGGUUCGCUUCAAUCAACGGCAACUUUUACGAGUCUAUCCGUCCAACUACCGUGUCGACUCUAGCAACUUCAAUCCUCAGCCAUUUUGGAACGCAGGAUGUCAUUUAGUUGCUCUGAACUAUCAAACAGAAGGCCGUAUGCUGCAACUGAACAGAGCCAAAUUUGCAGCAAAUGGGAACUGUGGCUAUGUGCUGAAGCCAAAAUGCAUGUGUAAAGGUGCCUUUAAUCCUGCCCUGGAGGAUCCUUUACCAGGACACAGGAAAACUCAGUUAGUGCUCAAAAUAAUAAGUGGCCAGCAGCUCCCAAAGCCAAAAGACUCCAUGCUAGGAGACAGAGGAGAGAUCAUAGAUCCCUUUGUUGAGGUAGAAAUAAUUGGAUUGUCUGUGGACUGCAAUAAACAUCAGACAAGGGUUGUGGAUGAUAAUGGCUUUAACCCCAUGUGGGAGGAGACACUAGUGUUUAUGCUCCAUAUGCCUCAGAUUGCCUUGGUACGGUUUAUGGUUUGGGAUCAUGAUCCGAUUGGGAGGGAUUUUAUUGGACAAAGAACAAUAGCAUUUAAAAGCAUGUUGCCAGGUUAUCGACAUGUUUAUUUGGAAGGCAUGGUGGAAGCAUCUAUUUUUGUACACGUGGCUAUAAAUGACAUCACAGGAAAGGUCAAAUCAAGCAAUGCAGUAAAGCAGCUCUUUCAGAGAAAUCUAAUGUACACCUCUAAAGACGGCACCAGGAGAUCAUUUGGUCCAAACUUCCUGCGGAAAGGUGGAGCCGAGAAAAGCCAAGCAAAACCCAAGCGUGGCUCGUGUGAUUCCUGUGCCAAAGAGGACAUUCUUAACAGACGUUAUAGUGAUGACAUAAGCUCAAAAGACAGCAGAAGCACUUCACAGUCUGCAUCUUUGCUCAUGGGAGCUCAAAGUGAACCCCUCAGAAGGGCCCGUAAGGUCUCUUUUCAGGAGCCAGAAGGAUUUCACGUUGUGCGUCGACGCUUGUCCUCUAUCACAUGCUCUAGUGGAAGGGGUAUGGCUAUGGACUACACCAAUUUAGGAUUUGAUUCUAAAGAGAGUUCAGAGUUGGAUGUUUGGACUCCUUUGGUUCCACCAUGUCAUUCCAAUGUAGAUAACCAUGAGAUGACUGAUUCAAAACAAAAUGAUUUGCCUCCGGUAUUUAUACUUGACAGUAUUACAUCUGACCAGCAAAUGUGGUCGCAGCAGAUCUCUGGUCCUAAAUAUGUUUCUAAACAUUCAGAUCAGGAACAACCUGUAAAUAAUCAAGGACCUGCUGUAAAACUGUCUUCCGUAAGCUCGGAACCUACAAGAGACUGUGAACCCUUGAUUUUCAGUCCAAUACCUGAUGGAGUACUAGAUCCCUCUAGUGGAGCUUUGAACACCAGAAACCUGCCACUCAAGAAUAAAUUCAGACCUUUAGAUUUCGAGUUUAAGCCGCAGUGGCAGCCAAGGUCCAUCCCCGCAACUCCUGCAAUGAGCAGACGCAGCUUGAAUGACUCAUGUUCUAAAGAUUCUUCGCUUACGGGACGCAGAUCACAAAGCGUCCCGAGGCGUCGCCCACCCUCUCCCCCAAACACACCAUUUAACAUCAAGAAAGACUUCCUCCAUCAAUUCCCUCUCCCUCAAAAGCAUGGCAGCUGUAGUUAUGUUACACAAAAAAACUCUUUUGCUAACAAUAACAACCUGGCUGAGAGUGAAUUAAGCAGCACAAGCAGUUUGGACAGCCUUGACCUGAGUACUUUGCCAUCCCGUUUCCCUGACAACCAGCAGCCGACAAUGGGCACUCUGCAGAGGGAGAUGAAUGCUCUAUUUGAGCAGAAAAUGCAUGAGAUUCGUUGUAAUUCUCCAAUUUUUUUCCGAGAUUCAUCAACAUUGUAGAAAAGCAUAAAUUCCUAAACUUAAAGCAAAUGCUUUGAUGGUGAUGGAGAGAUGCUACAAGAAGAAGAGAAAAUAUUCAGCCUCAUUCGUACUUCAUUCGUUUUGUACAGAUAUUGUCUUGUUUACAUGCCAUCUAGGCACAUAAUUCAUAUUUUUUUACAUUUUAUUUUAAAUGGAGCAUAAAAUAACAGUUUCUCAGAAAGGGAUUAAAUUUAGCCAGAAAUAGGAGAAAAUUUUAUUAGGGCCUUAAAGGUACAGUUUGUAGAAAUCGCCGCUAGAGGGCUUACGAUCAAAACAACAACACUCGCGUAGCUUGAUGACGCUGCGUAGAAGCAUGGAAUGAUGGGAUAUGUUGUCUUCUACUCCAACGCUGAUGGUAGCGCUGACACAUCAAUUAGACGGGAACGAGAGAUCAUGUUAGCGGAAGAGGUAAAGUAAUAAAGUUUCAUAAAUGUUGGGUUUGAUGAAAUCAUUUUAUUUCAUUAUAAUGAAUUAGACCCGAGUAAUGUAAGGUUUAAAACUAAAUUGUUAGUCAUAGAUGUUACAGUAAUUGUACAAUUCGAUGGUGUGAUAACACUGCGCCGUUUUAAGUGUUCAAAUCAAUCAUAGUUAAAGUUAUUUUGAACGUACCCACAUCAUUUGCAAUGAUGCUAGGCGGACCGACGGUACAAACUACUUCCGCUUCUGUCUACGACAUUGUCCGGCCUCACUCCCAGGGCUUGCAUAUGUAUAUUAGACAUAAAAGAAGAUAUUUUGAAGAAAGUUGAUUACUGAACAGCACUGUGCACUAUUUACAUAUUUUGUAUAGACACAAAACCAAUGCAAGUGAAUGGGGGCUAGUUAACAACAUUCUUCAAAACAUCUUCUUUUGUGUUCUGCAGAAAUGACAAGAGGAAGAGUAAAUGAUGACAGAAUUUAGAGUGUGAGAAAAGAAUCCAUGUUCAUGGCUGAACUGUGACUGUUAUAGUCUAGGACUAGUUUUAA